AAAGCACUUAACCGCUAGAUUAACAUGGAAUUAUUCCAGAAGAACUUAGUAAGACUACUGAUUUUCGUGAUAAUACUAAUAUUUCCGUCGAGUGGCGAUAAGAAUGCCACUACCAAUCACAAACGUAAUAACCUAGAGUCCUAUGCAAACCUCAUGAAGUCCUACAUGAACCUCGAUGUAGAUCCUUGUCGCGAUUUCUACGAAUACGCCUGCGGAAAUUAUAGAGACCAUAAUGAGCUGUUGGAAAGUAUGUUGGAUUUUUGGACCUUGAACUACAACAGUGAACAACUGGAGGGCCAAAUAGAACAUUUAUUGGGUAGGAUGGAUCUGGCGGAGUCUCUCAAUGUGUCCAGCGAACUCAGGGUGGCCCAAAGGUUCUACAACGCCUGUCUGAAAGCCGAUCUUCAUCCAUUUCCUGCUACUGAUCCGCACUAUCUUACCCUCAUUCGGUCGAUCGGAGGAUUCCCCGCUGUGGAUGGAGCCAACUGGAAUGCCUCCAACUUCAGCUGGUUCAACAUGAGCUCUCACUUGAUUAACUACGGGGCUGAGGGUCUGUUUCGCGAUGAAAUCAGUUCUAGUUUUCCAUUUCAGCCUAAUUUAGGUUACGAAAGGUUGGGUUUUGAAGAGUUCGAUAACUCGAGACCGAAUCACGAGGAACGAAUGGCCGGAUACCUAAGAGCCUUUCAGUUGCCGGAGGAUAAAAUUUCGGAAGUGAUCGCUGGGGUGUUUGCCUUCUGGGAAGAUGCGAGAUCCAGCCACGCGCAGCCUUCAGGAAACUGCAAACUCUUCGAAGCCAACUACUUCGAGAUCGUUUGGGACGGGGAUAAGAUCGUUUGGAACAAGGAUCAACCAAGAAAAGACGAGGACUGUUCUUCCUACGUCGUAAAGUUGGACAAGGUGUGUGCCCGUCAUCCCGAGGCGGUGGCCAAUUAUCUGGCCAUGAAGCUGCUGCGCGCAUUAGAUGCCACACUUCACAGCACUGAAGAACAAAAACAGCAUUGCCUGGGCCAAGUGAAGUUCUCAAUGAGGUUCCUCUUCAGCAAACUCUUAUUGGCGGAGAAGUUUCCUGAGAAGAAAAAGUCGGGCGUGUCGGAAAUUGUGGAGGAAGUGUGGAAUACGCUGAGCAGUUCGCUGGACGAAGCCGAUCGGUUGAACAACUUUCACAAGUCUCGAAGAGUUCUGUGGGAAUUUCCCUUCAGCUUUCCCAAGGUCAACUCGUAUGCGGAUCGGGUAAUCUCGGAGAUUGGUCGCCUGGAAAUAGUGGACGGCAGUUACGCUGCCACCAAUAUCAAUUUGCAUCGCCUUGCCGUUAACAGCAGUAGAUACAGCGCUCGUCAUUCCAUGGACCUCCCCAUGUCCUCCAAGUCGGCCGACCAUAUGUUGAAUGAAUUCUCUAGGUUUGAACGAUUUUUGCGACCACCUUUUUAUCACCACUCUUGGCCUUUAGCCCUGAGAUUCGGUGCCUUCGGUAGUGUAGUUGCGCGACAAGCCUACGUAAAUCUCAAGAGCUAUGAAGAGAGGUUGGACAUACGAUUGGAAGAGAAUAAAUUGCGGCUGGCAUUCUCUGCCUAUAAAAACCACAUUAAGCAUCUUCAGGAGGAUCAUAAGCAGGAUAAGAUCAAUGAGACUAUGCCAGGAAUUGACUUGUCCCCAGAUCAGCUCUUCUUCCUCGGAGCCACUCAGAUCUUUUGCGACCGUUCCAAGAAGAGUAAGGACCGAGCUGACUACUCAAUUAAGUAUAACCAAGAAUUCCCCCAGGUCUUCAAUUGUUCUGCAGGAUAUGGCGGAUAAGAGACGUGAGACGUCCAUUAGCAAG